ACUAAAAAAAAUUCCAAAUAUUUUUUCAAAAAAUUUCGAAUUUUCUUAGAAAAAUCUUAUAGGCGUGUUUGUGGGGGUUGAAGUAUUCUACCAGUUAAAAUACUUGCACUUAUUUCUGGGACACCCUGUAUUUGCUUGGUUGGCAUUGUAUUGGCAGUGAAAUAAAGGUUUACAUUUAAAAAAAAGAGAACUAUGAUAACUUUUUUAUGACAAUUGAAAAAUUAACGCCUUAAAAUAUCAAGUAAAUUGAAUUUUUUAUUGACAAUAAUAUUGUCACUGAUAAACCUUACUAUUUUUUUUUAACAGAAAUAGAAAUGACAUUUUUCACUCACAUGCUGAAGGCUUAUCAUAUUUAUGCUGUUCUGCAUUGCUCAUAUUUUGUUUGUACUUCAAACACGUCUAUUAGUCAUUUUUCCAAUCCAAAUAUUUCUUUAUACUUUAAACGAGCAUGAAAUUACAUCAUGCAACUAAAUACAACAAUAUUACAAAUUAAAAUAGUUAUAAAUGUAUUUUUUUUAAAUAAAUACAAGAAUCCUAAAGAGGAAAUACUGAUCAAACUGCUGCAGUACACCUUGAAGCAACAUAAAGACGAACAUACCGACAAUGAUACUCAAUUAGCUGAACUAUUCAAACUGGUUCAGAAAGAACCGAAUAUUGAUUUUAUCAAGACGAUCUUGGACAACGUUUCUGGUGACGACCAAGUCAAGAACCACGAAAAUAAACAGAAUUUGACUUUGGAAAUAGUGAAAAGUCAGGGCAAUUUUUCGUCGGAUGGUGGCAGAAGUUCCAGAGAAAAAAGUAGCAGGAGAGAGUAAGUCAAUAACU